GACCAUGGCCAAAUAAACUUGCAGAGGAUAAGAAAGGACCCUGAAACUCUUUAGCUUGCCUAACGAUUGAGGCAUCCCGGAUUCAAGUCUCCGGAUUAUUACACAGAUUCUAUUGGGAAACACGAACUCCAGCAUUCCCCCCAGCAACAGCAAAUAAUUCCUUUGAUUCUCAGCUAACUUAAAAUUUGGAGAAUUAAAAAGGAAAACAAAAUGAGGACUUCAAUAACUCCUCUGUAUUUCAUCCCUACAACUCUUCCCAAGUCCGACCACCAUUGUUUGGCGUCCCUCUCCACAAGAUCAUUCCGGGCCUUAGGCUUUCGUGUGUUUGCUGCUGCAGUCUCCGAACAGCGUAAAACCCCAAGCAUUUCAAAACCUCCUAAAACCCCUUUUCCAAGCCCAACGGCUUCCAUACCCACCCCUUCUCCUGCAGCAAAUGAAAACCCUCCUAAGACCAAGAAGGUUUUGGUGCCAAUUGGGUUUGGCUCAGAAGAAAUGGAGGCUGUGAUAUUAGUUGAUGUUCUGCGGCGGGCGGGCGCGGAGGUGACUCUGGCUUCUGUGGAGCAACGACUAGAGGUGGAAUUUUCUGGAGGCACUAGGCUGGUUGCUGAUGCAUUUGUCUCUGCUUGUUCCGAUCAAAUCUUUGAUCUAAUUGCCCUUCCGGGUGGAAUGCCAGGGUCUGCACGUUUAAGAGACUGUAAAAUUCUCCAGAAGAUGACUAGCAAACAAGCUGAGGAGAAACGGUUGUAUGGUGCAAUAUGUGCUGCUCCAGCUGUCACACUUUUGCCUUGGGGCCUUCUUAGGAAGAAGAAGACGACUUGCCACCCUGCAUUUAUAGACAAGCUCCCUACCUUCUGGGCUGUUAAGUCUAAUAACCAGGUCUCUGGAGAGCUGACAACAAGUCGUGGCCCUGGCACUUCUUUUGAAUUUGCUAUAUCAUUAGUGAGCCAGCUUUAUGGUGAGACUGCUGCCAAGGAAAUCAAGGAUUCGUUGCUAGUGAAUGACAGUGGCAGUCAUAAGAAAGAAGAAUUCAAUGAAGUCCAGUGGUCUCUUGAUCAUACCCCUCAAGUCCUCCUUCCAGUUGCAAAUGGUUGUGAAGGAAUUGACAUAGUUACCACUAUAGAUAUCCUAAGGAGAGCAAAGGCCAGUGUUGUGGUUGCUUCAGUGGAAAAAUCUACCCAGAUUUUGGCAUCACAAGGGAUAAUACUUGUUGCAGACAAACUGAUUAAUGCAGCUGCCGAGAUCACUUAUGAUCUGAUAAUUUUGCCAGGAGGAGUUGGUGGAGCCGAAAGGUUGCACAAAUCCAGGGUUCUCAGGAAGUUACUGAAAGAACAGCAAAUUGGUGGAAGAAUUUUUGGUGCAAUGUGCUCUUCAAGUGCAAUACUUCAAAGACGGGGGUUACUCAAGGAUAAGAAAGCCACUGCACCUGAAUCAGUUCUAAGCAAGGAAAGUAAUGUGGUUGAUGGUGCACAAGUAGUCAUUGAUGGUAAGGUGAUCGCAAACAAGGGCCUUGCUAGUGCAACAGAUUUUGGACUGGCUAUCGUGGGUAAGCUGUUUGGGCAUUCAAGGGCAAGGAGUGUUGCAGAAGGUCUUGUCUUUGAGUACCCAAGGGCCUAAAAAAGGGACUACUACCUCUCUAGGUUCAUCCUGAAAUGGGUGGCCUACCCACCCCAAUUGGAAACAAGUGGAUGCUUGGGACUUAGCUUUAAGAAGUAUUAACAAGUUUGUUCAUGUGGAAAAAGUGGUUGGGAUGAACUGAUAUCUUUUGCUCGGCAACGAGGUGUUUCUGGUAAAUUUGUAGUGGUUCCAUGAAAUGUUUAAGUGGCGAAAACCAUGAGUCCUCAGAUGGGCUUCUGCUGUACGCACUUUUGCAGCUGCAGUGGUGGAUAAAUUUUGGGAAUUUCCUGAAUCCGGCCUACUGCCAAGAGAUCAUAAUAAUGUUUGACAUGUGAUAAGAGCUGCAAAGACAUAUAAUCUGCAUUCCUUUGCCGAUUGGGGAGUUUCUUUUGGCUCAUAAAUCUGGAUAUUGUGAUUAUACUCCCUGUUUGAUGCACACAGUCCUUUCUUUUUAAUCUUUACUUUUUUUUUUUUUUUGAGAACAAUAAAUUAUAUUUGGAGUUAGUCCAACUCGUUAUGAUCAGAGAUACCUAUCAUGA